AUGUAUUUGAAGGAAAACACAUCAUACGUAUUUAUGAAAGUGACGGAGAUUUACGCGGGCCGCAAUUUUACUUCUAGCAACUCUUUUCGAUUAUACGACCAAUGGGAGGAAAAUGAUGACGAUGAAUUAGAAGAGGAUGAAUUGCCACCGUAUAAACGAAAAACACAGCAACCGGAUCUUGAUAAGAUCAUGAAACAGGCGGAAACACCUGAGGAAUUAAUGAUGCUAUCAAAGAAGGGACAGUCCGUGAUGAUGUUUGUUGGUAUUGGUGAUGUUAAUGGCAGACGAGCCGAGAAGUUUUACACGGAAAAAUGGAUUGGGAUAUGGCGAAACAGUCUCUUCAACAACCAUAUCGAUGUUCAGACAUUCACAAUCGACGACAAUCGUGCAAUCUUCAUGUUUGCGGAUGGAUCGAAAGCAUGGGAAGGAAAAGAUUUCUUGUUGAAACAACCGCAAGUAAGCGAAGUGUCACUGGAAGGACGACAGUACCCUGGACCGGCCUUCAAGAAGAAGAAAGAGGAAUUGUAG